CUACAGUACCUACAUCAGUUUAUGCUCUGCACCAAGGUAGAACUACAGUACCUACAUCAGUUUAUGCUCUGCACCAAGGUAGAACUACAGUACCUACAUCAGUUUAUGCUCUGCACCAAGGUAGAACUACAGUACCUGCAUCAGUUUAUGCUCUGCACCAAGGUAGAACUACAGUACCUGGAUCAGUUUAUGCUCUGCACCAAGGUAGAACUACAGUACCUGCAUCAGUUUAUGCUCUGCACCAAGGUAGAACUACAGUACCUACAUCAGUUUAUGCUCUGCACCAAGGUAGAACUACAGUACCUGGAUCAGUUUAUGCUCUGCACCAAGGUAGAACUACAGUACCUGCAUCAGUUUAUGCUCUGCACCAAGGUAGAACUACAGUACCUGGAUCAGUUUAUGCUCUGCACCAAGGUAGAACUACAGUACCUACAUCAGUUUAUGCUCUGCACCAAGGUAGAACUACAGUACCUACAUCAGUUUAUGCUCUGCACCAAGGUAGAACUACAGUACCUGCAUCAGUUUAUGCUCUGCACCAAGGUAGAACUACAGUACCUGGAUCAGUUUAUGCUCUGCACCAAGGUAGAACUACAGUACCUGCAUCAGUUUAUGCUCUGCACCAAGGUAGAACUACAGUACCUGGAUCAGUUUAUGCUCUGCACCAAGGUAGAACUACAGUACCUGCAUCAGUUUAUGCUCUGCACCAAGGUAGAACUACAGUACCUGGAUCAGUUUAUGCUCUGCACCAAGGUAGAACUACAGUACUUGGAUCAGUUAAUGCUCUGCACCAAGGUAGAACUACAGUACCUGGAUCAGUUUAUGCUCUGCACCAAGGUAGAACUACAGUACCUGCAUCAGUUUAUGCUCUGCACCAAGGAGGUUUUGUCAGAGAAGCUGGAUGAUCCUGAGCUGAUGUUUGACAUCUGCAGCUGUCAGUUUGUGUAUCACUAUUCAUUUGAGAGCGAGCAGAAGGCCGACAUGAUGCUGAGGAACGCCUGCGAGCGCCUGAAACCUGGAGGUUUCUUUGUGGGAACGACGCCAGACUCUUUCGAACUCGUUAAACGUUUGGAGGCAUCAGACUCUCUGUCGUUUGGUAACGAGGUUUUUAAAGUGUCCUUUCAGUCCAAAGGUGUGUAUCCUCUGUUCGGCUGUCAGUACCACUUCAGCCUGGAGGAAGUCGUCGAUGUUCCAGAGUUCCUCGUCUACUUUCCUCUGUUGGAACACAUGGCAAAGCGUUACAACAUGCGUCUGGUGUUGAAACAGAGAUUCUCAGAGUUUUUUGAGGAGAAAGUGAAGAAGGAGCAACAUCGCAGUCUCAUGAUGAAGAUGAUGGCUCUGGAGCCGUUUCCCUGUGAGAACGGAGGUCGACAGGCGACAGACAGCAGAGGAGAGUACAGCCAUGCUAAAGAGCACUGCGGCAGAGCAGGAGUCAAAGUACCACUGGGCACUCUGAGCAGAUCUGAGUGGGAAGCAACAAGUAUCUACUUGGUGUUUGUCUUUCAGAAGAUGUCCUGAUGAUGAAAAGAAAUUCUUCCAUCUUCCUUGUUAACCUGUUGUUGAUCAGCUCACCUGUUCUGCAUCUUGUUUUUGUACAGUGUUUGUUUUCUUUUUAAGUCAGUUUUGAUAAACUAUGAACUAUUUUGGGGUUGUUGUAGAAAUGAAUAAAAACAAAAUGUAAAGUC